AUGAAAGAACUGCAGAAGUUCCCGCACAGUGGGAUCCAGACGACCUUGCCCAAGGACAUCCUCUUCAUCGUGCUUAUCGGCAUCUCCCAUUUCAUGACGCAAGCAGCACUGGGCCAAGCACUGGCACCACUGGACAACAUCGGCGAGGAGUUUGCGAGUACAAACCCGGGCGAGUUGUCUUGGUUUGUCGCGGCGUACUCGCUUACGGUUGGCACCUUCAUCAUGAUCUCCGGUCGCUUGGGAGAUAUUAUGGGCCACAAACGAAUCUUCACCGUCGGAUGGCUAUGGUUCGGGUGCUGGAGCGCGUUCGCCGGGUUCAGCGCGUAUCCCAGAAAACAGGUGUUCUUCGAUAUCUGCCGUGCCAUGCAGGGAAUUGGACCCGCGCUUCUGAUGCCCAACGGCAUGGCGCUGCUCGCCCGCGCGUAUCCCCCGGGGCUGAAGAAGAACAUCGCCUUCGCGGUGUUCGGUGGGCUCGCGCCUAUGGGGUUCGUCAUCGGUGCGUUGAGCGGCAGCGUCUUCGCCCAAUACGCAUGGUGGCCGUGGGCCUUCUGGUCGUUCGCGCUCGCCUGCUUCGGCCUCGGCGUCCUCUCCACGAUCAUCAUCCCCAAAGCCCUCAGCGUGCGCCCGACCAACCCUCCCACCUUCGACGCCACCGGCUCGGUCGUCGGUGUCACCGGGCUCAUCCUCGUCAACGUCGCCUGGAACAAUGGCCCCCUCUUCGGCUGGGAUACCCCGCACGUCUACUUCCUCCUCCUCAUCGGCCUCCUCUUCCUCGUCGCCUUCGUCUGGGUCGAGCAGCGCGCCACGGAUCCCAUAGUCCCUUUCCACGCGCUCAACAGCACCGUCGGCUACGUCCUCGCGCUCGUCGGUUUCGGCUGGGCCGCCUUCGGCAUCUGGGUGUUCUACGUCUUCCGCUUCGCCAUCUCCCUCCGUGGAGAAUCGCCACUCACCAUCUCGGCGCAGUAUAUCCCCGCGAUCUUCAGCGGGCUGAUGUGCACCGCAGCCACAGGGUUCCUCCUUACGCACGCACCCGUCACGCUGCCGAUGCUGCUCUCGAUGCUGGUGUUCUGCGUCGGCAUCGUCGUCGCGGCGAUGAUGCCCGUGCGGCAGACGUACUGGGCGCAGCUGUUCGUCAGCAUCUUGAUCAUGCCGUUUGGAAUGGACAUGUCGUUUCCGGCAGCCAGCGUGAUCGUGUCGAAUCAUCUGCCGCCGGAACAUCAGGGGCUAGCGGGGUCGUUGAUUAAUACGGUGGUGAACUACUCGAUUUCGAUCGCGUUGGGGAUCGCGGGAACGGUGGAGGUGAGUAUUGCGAGGAAUGAUCCGGCGAGGUUGGAGAAAGGGAUCAGAAGCGCGUUCUAUAUCGCGAUUGCAUUGAGUUUGAUGGGAGUGGUUUUGUCGGCAAUUUUCAUGGUUCGGACGUUUUUGAGAGAGGGAUGGAAGAUCACAGCACACUGA